AUGUCCGGAAAAGAGAAGUCGAAAUUCGAUGAAAUGGCGAAGGCGGAUAAAGUGCGCUAUGAUCAGGAAAUGAAGGAUUACGGACCAGCUAAGGGAGGCAAGAAGGAGAAGGACCCUAAUGCCCCCAAGAGACCACCGUCUGGAUUUUUCCUAUUCUGCUCUGAAUUCCGCCCCAAGAUCAAGUCUACAAACCCUGGCAUCUCUAUUGGAGAUGCGGCAAAGAAGCUGGGCGAGACGCAGGAUAACCUAAGUGAGAGUGAGAAGCAGCCAUACAUCAAGAAGGCAGCGAAGCUGACGGGGAAGUUUGAGAAGGAUGUCGCAGACUGUGAGUCUAAAGGGCGGUUUGAUGGCGCCAAGGGUCCCGCUAAAGUUGCCCGGGAAAAGGUGGAGGAGGAGGAGGAAGAGGGGGAGGAGGAGGAGGGAGGAGGGAGAGCGUGA